CGAGCGGAGAGGAUGCACACGGCACUCGAGUGAGGUGUAGUAUAUCCACCAUGAAGGUACAUCUGCAUACAAAAUUUUGUUUAAUUUGCUUACUCACCUUCUUGUUUCACCAUUGCAACCACUGCCAUGAUGAACAUGACCAUGAACAUAAUCAUGAUCAUAACCAUAGUCCUGAAGAAAACCAUAUACAUAAGCACAAUGAUUACCAGAUUUCUGAGGAGUCAUACCUUCAAAAUAAUCCCAGCAAGAGCUCUCUACAUCAUGCAGAAAAUAAGCAAAUAUAUUACAUUCAAAAAUUGUUCAGUCGUUAUGGUGAGAAUGGGAAGUUGACCUUUCAUGGUUUAGAGAAACUCUUAUCAAAUUUAGGUCUUGGAGAAGUUAAGGUUGUAGAGGUAGAACAUGAGCAUGAUGAGCAUGACCAUGUUUCGCAUCUGGACUUUUUAGACCUACUCAAACAUAAGCAUGGACACUCCCAUUCACACUCCAAUCACACAACACAUGACCAAACAAUACCAAUUACUAAAGUGAAAGUAGGGCAUUGUAAAAACUCUGAUAAUCAAAAUGCACAUACCAUUUUGACCACCCCCAUUGCUUACCAUCAACCUCGGCAUCAUCACCGCAACCACCAUCGAGGUGCACCUCAUUCUGCAGGCUUACAGAUUCAUAAAGAGGGAGAACAACUUCCUGACCUUUCAGGCAUUAACACAUUACAACAGCAACCCAAAAAAAGAUCCAAAAAACGCAAAAAGCAUAAAGGUUUAGCAAAACAUCCAGAAAUUACAUUAACUGCAUCUCCUGAAGAACCCUUCAAUAUUAUGUCCAAGCCUGAACAUGAUAAGGAUGAGCAUCUUCGUGCUCCUGAGGACAAAACAACUUCUCAACAUAGAACAAGGAAAGAUUUGAGCUCCUCAAAAAUGAGUCAUGAAGAUCACCUGGAAUCUGAGCUUGUACACGAUCAGUGCUUGAAUGUCUCUCAACUGCUGCAGAGCUACGGUCUUAGCACAAAUUCUGGGAUUUCUACAGUGGAGUUUACCUACCUAUGCCCUGCUUUGCUAUUCCAAAUUGAUAGUAGAGUUUGUAUCCAGUAUCAUGAUGAAUUAAGUAUGGAGCCUGUAGACAACCAAGAUUCUGUGUUACCAGUUGUUUCUUACACAGUUUGGAUUUGGGGAUUGCUGUCAAUCACCAUUAUAAGCUUGUUAUCAGUUCUGGGUAUUGUCCUUGUACCUAUCAUCAAUCAAGUGUGCUUCAAGUAUCUUCUGACAUUCCUAGUGGCUCUGGCAGUGGGGACACUUAGUGGUGAUGCAUUACUGCAUCUUAUGCCACAUUCACAAGGCAACCAUGAUCAUAGUCAUCAUGACCAUAACCACGAUCAUGACCAUGAUCAUAAUCAUACUCAUGGAAAUCAUGAAAUCUCUGAAGAUCUCCUCACAAUACAUAAUGGAUUGUGGAAAGGACUUACAGCUCUGGGUGGUAUCUACCUCCUUUUCAUCAUUGAACACUGCAUCGGCAUAUUCCGUGAUCGCAGAGCCAGCAUGAACAAAAAGAAAUGGCGCAAGCAGAAAGUUCUGAGUGAAGAGGCAGCAGUGGGCCGAAAAUUGUCAGACCAUCAAUUGAAUCGUAGAUCAGAAGGUGAAUGGCUUGAUCUUAAGACCAUGUCUGGAACAGACCAACUGGAUGGCUUUGGUGAGCAACAUGAUCUUACCCAGAUUACUGACCUUGAUGGUACCUUAGGAUCCCCAUCAAAGAUAUCUGUUGCCCCUGAUUUAAAGUCUGUUUACAUUCAUGACUCACAAAGUGAAAUUGAUUAUUGUGCUGCUAACUAUGAUGUUAAAGUGAAACCUAAAAAACAUUCAAACCAUUCGCAUCAUUCACACGGCCACUGCCAUUCUAAUAAAGAGAUGCAAGAUGCUGGAAUAGCGAAUAUUGCAUGGAUGGUUAUCAUGGGAGAUGGCAUGCAUAACUUCAGUGAUGGCCUGGCAAUAGGAGCUUCUUUCAGUGCUUCCAUCACCGGUGGGCUGAGCACUUCCAUUGCAGUAUUUUGUCAUGAGCUUCCUCAUGAACUAGGUGAUUUUGCUGUUCUGAUUAAUGCUGGAAUGUCUGUGAAACAGGCCAUUGUUUAUAACCUCUUGUCAGCUCUGCUUGCAUAUGUUGGUGUAGUAAUAGGUAUAGCUGUGGGACAGUAUACUCAUAACUUAACCCAGUGGAUCUUUGCUAUCACUGCGGGCAUGUUCCUCUACGUGGCAUUGGUGGAUAUGUUACCAGAAAUGCUCCACCGUCCUACAGAUAACCAUAUCCAAGCUAAGUUUGGGCACUUUGCUCUACAGAAUGCUGGGAUGCUCUGUGGCUUCGCCAUUAUGCUGCUCAUUGCCAUUUUUGAGGAUCAAAUCAAAAUCCACUUCUGACAGUUUUGGUGAUACUGUAUGGUCUUGUUUGCCUUAUUCGGUGGUACUUAACUUUGUAAAGCAAAUUGUGACAUAUUUGUUAGGACAGUAGAUUACUUUUCACAGCAACUGCUGUUUGUUUGUUGGUUUGAUGCACGGUUACCUCCGUGGUUCAGUAUGGAAACUUAAGUAAUUACAUUUUUUAUGUCUGUGAAGACAACAAAAUCAAUGCUUGAAUAAGUAUUUAGCACAAUUAGAUCAGGAUAAGUGAUGUAGUUGUAACAACUGUUUAGAAUACUUUUCGCAUGCAUUGUGUCAGGUGUUUGUUUAUGGAUGGCACUCACCAACUGUAAUGCCAUCUGGAUUCAUGGUGCUGUUUUUGUGAGAUCAUAUCUUCAGUGUCGCACAUAAACAAAUGAGCAGAUUUCAAUUUACUUUUGAAAAUGGUGUUAUUUCAUGAUUGUAGACAUUGUCCAUUGAAUUUGUUUUUACCUUUAACAUUCCUUCUUCCAUUAUAAUACCUCAGAACCAUGUUUGCUGUUCUCAGUGAGCAGCUAGAUUGCUUGUUCUUUGUAUUAGUUUGGAGUUGAUUUUUGUAAGCCCUUAUUAGCCUGUCACUAUGUGACAUUUCCAUUUUGUCACUGUAUAAAUCAAUGUAAUAGAUCAUAUGUGAUCAAGUGCAAUUGGCCAAAAUAUGAUAAAUGUGAGUUAGUGGAACCUGUGAUUCUUGUGCAUGUUAAUCAGCAUAAUAAGUCAUUAAUAAAGCCAAAGAUUAUGGAUCCUAACCAGUUAAUUUUGACAUUUAGGUGAAAAGUUUCAGUGUUAAGGUACCAUAGACUUGGUGUUUGUCACAAGUGAAAUUAAAAAUCAUUUUGUUUAUUACAUCAUAAUAAGUUUUGAUGUUUUAAGUCUAAUGCUAAUGUAUGAAAUAAAUGGCUCUUUCAAGUUUUACU